AUGCCAGUAGGGAUUAACAUCACUAUGAGCAGGGUGAAUGAGACCAGAGCCACCAGCAGCGCCGGGCUGAGUAAUGGUGACCUACCCUUCGAUCUCGAGGCGACUGGAGAAGAGCAAGGCUACAUUCUUGAUGUCGAAGUGCUGAAAAACGUUGCACCAAACUGGGAGCAAUAUCAGCUCACACAAGACGGUCGUACGGUCCUCAUUCCUCAGCCGACCACGGAUGUUGACGAUCCGCUGAAUUGGACGUGGACGAAGAAGCAUAUUGUUUUGCUGGUCGUUGCGGCGACGUCCUUUUUGCCCGAUUAUGGCAGUGCCACAGGAGCUGUGACACUGCUCCCGCAGGCAAAGAUAUGGAACCUGCCUGAAGAUACCGUAAACCAUUCACAAGUAGGAAAUGUGUUCAUGGUCGGUGCAGGAGCUGUGGUCGUGGUCGCUCUCUCCGCAUUCUUCGGUCGUCUCCCUAUACUGUUCUGGUUCACCGUCAUGGCAGUAUGGACCGCAGCAGGCUGUGCCGUGGACAAUGGCUUCGACACCUUCAUGGCCUUUCGCAUCCUGAACGGCUUCUUCUCGACCGUAGCCCAAGGCGGCGGCAUGAUGUUCAUCAAGGAUAUGUUCUUCGUGCACGAGAGAGCUCGGAAGAUCAACAUCUGGGCCAGCUUCGUCAUCCUAUCGCCAUACGCUGGUCCACUCAUUGCAGCGUUCAUCAUCGAAAAACACAAGUGGGAGCUCGCAUUCCAGAUCUACACCAUCAUGACAGCACUCUGCCUACUGGCAAUCAUCUUCUUGGGCGACGAGACCUUCUACCACCGCAAAAUUGCCGCUGCUGAACGCCCUGUGCGUCAGCGAGGAGUGGCCGGCCAAAUCUCCCGCUUGGUCGGAGUGGAACAAUUUCGUACUCGGCACCUGCGAAACACGUUUGUACAAGCGUGCAUGCGAUCGGUACACGUCAUGCUCAAGCCGACCGUCUUCAUCAGCUGCGUCUGGUAUCUGUUUGUGUUCGCCUGGGUAGUCGGAAUUAACACGUGCUUGAGCAUGUUUGUCACUCCUCUCUAUAACUUCGGACCACGCCAAAUCGGAUUCUUCUACUUCACGCCCAUCAUCGCAGCCACCAUUGGCGAGAUUGUCGGUCGAUGGCUACACGACUUCCUCGCGGACUGGCACAGUCGACGAAGUCCCGGCGGCAGACUGAAGCCCGAGUACAGACUCACCGCCAUCACCUUCGCAACGCCCUUUAUGGUCGUGGGCAUCAUCGUGCUCGGGUUCGCAUUAGAAGAAGGCUACCAUUACAUGGUCGCCGCUCUCGGGUGGGGACUGUUUGUCUUUGGCAUCAUGGUCAGCACGGUGGCCAUCACGUCGUACAAUCUCGACUGCUAUCCCGAGGGGUCCGGUGAGGUGGCUGCAUGGCUGAAUUUUGCGCGAACGGCGGGAGGUUUCAUCAUCUCGUACUUUCAAGUGCGAUGGGCAAAUGCAAUGGGCACGAAGAAGAGUUUGGGAAUUCAAGCUGCCGUGGUCUUUACUGCGUGGUUCCUGAUCCUGUUCUUGCAGGUCUUUGGAGAAAAGUUGAGGAAGAUGUCUGGGCCUCUGAGAUUCAAGACUGACUGA